AUGUUUAUGAAAAUUGUCAACGCACCAAUGGCUCUGCUGCUCUGCAUGUUGAUUAUUCUGAUUGAAAACACCGGCUGUCGCACUGCCAUAUUCGAAAUAAAAAAUGUCACCUGUCGUAAGUAUAACAAAGAGCCAGUCAAACAGAUAAGCUGUGAAUUUGUGAAACGCGGCACCAACAACUACAGCAUUACCCUGCAAACAACGUUCAGUCGCAAUUUGGUCAGAAGUUUUAAAUCUCACGUCACCAUCGAUGUAAUGCCCAGCAAUUCGAGGCAAAUUAUCCAUCUGAUCGAUUUGAGAUUUAAUUCUUGCAUGUUUCUGCAACAAUCGCUGACCAAUCAACUGAUCAAGCCAUUGAUUGCGGAAUUUAAGAGGGUCACCAAUCUACCGAAAAAGUGUCCCUACAAAAAGGAUGUCCUUUAUGAGGCCAAAAAUUUCUCCUUAACUAAAAGUUUUAUACCUUCAUAUUUCCCCUCAGUGAGUUACAAUACCACAUUACAUCACUACGAUAGAAACGAAAUUAUUGGGACAAUUCAGAUUUUCGGAGGGUCUGAGCAAAAAAGCAAACGUUAG